UCUUUGGGACCUUUAUCACAUAUAAACUCCAUUGGCCUAAGUGACUUGGAUUUGUUUGGCAUGCCCACAGGGCCCUACCAUGACAGUAAAGCUAAUGUCAGGAGAGAAUCUUAAAUCCCCUCCCCUCCCCUCCCUGCCUCACCAGAUUUGAUACAGGCCAACCCUGCUGGCUGUUGCUUCUUCUUAGCAGAACCAGAAGUUUUGCCUUUGGCCUGGCAGUAGCUACGGAGUUCUUGUGAGAGGUGCCUUCAUCAGAGGAAUCAACAGUGGGAGUUACGAGGCAGAGAAUUUCCUUCAGGAACAAACUCGUCAGUAAUCUCUCAGGAAGCUUGAUGACAUUCAGGCUUGUUCAAAAGGGAAAAAAAAGGAAGCAGAAUUAUGAUACAUCCUCCUGUGCUUCUUCCAGAAUUCCGUCAACAAGAAUUUAGCAUUAGUGCAGUUUUAAGGGUGAGAGGCAGGCACAUUGUUCAGGCCAAAGCUGAUACUUGUGUGAGUAUUUGGAGAGAGAUGGAGAAGGAACACAUCAAGAUGGCCAUGCUGAGGCAAGAACAGAUAUUCAGACAACAGGUUCACGAACUGCACCGCGUAUACCGGGUUCAGAAGCAACUGAUGAUGCAGAUGCAGGUUACCGAGAUGAACAGUUAUGGAAACACAACUGCAAAGACUCAAACCGAACCAACAGUAAAGAUCAAUCACCAACAAUGGAGCGGUAACUCAGGUGAGAAGAGCGAGAAGAAGGCUACGUUGGUCGAAGACUUCAACCUUGAGCUGACACUAGCAACUGGGGCUGGAAGGAGGAAGCAAGAGAAGCCAUCCAACUCGGACUCUGAAGCAACAAUGUCAUCAUCGACUUCUGCAGAGUCGGAGUCGGGGCGUCGAUUUGUCGCCGAGUCCAAUGUAACCAUAAGGUUUCAGAAUGAGAACAAUAGGCAUGAUGAUCAGGUCAUGCAGUCUCCUUGGCUCUACCAAUGUUUAAGUCUCAAGAUGGCAUGAUGGCUUAGCUAGGGUUGGCAUGAGGGUGCCACAAAGACUCAAAAAGUUCAAACAGAAGCAAACACAUUGUUGUAUGUAUAUUACAGGUUAAUUCAUUGCGACUGCA